CAGGAAGGAGGCUAUAAACAUUGAAGUCUGUGAGUUUGAUACUGCAAUAAGAUGAUGAAACAGAGAAAAACAGAGGUUCUUUCUGGUUUGGUGUCAGUCAUCUGGCUCUCUUCAGUUGUCAUCAGUGAAGGUACAUUGGAACUUAAAACCAGUGCUGAGACAAAGGGUCAGUGCUGUCAGAAUGUGACCCUGCAGUGUGACAUCAUCUCCCUGAGACCACUCAACAUCCAUUACUUUUCCUGGAUAGAUAAAAUUGAAAGGAGGGAGCUGUGUGUGAUCAAUGCUACAGAUGUCGUGAUCUCUCCAGGGGUCCAGUGUGACAAGACGAACAACAGCCUCACAGUAACUCUGACUCAGUUGAGACCACACAGCCCAAGCAAAUACAUCUGCAAGCUACGCUCCAGCCUAGGGAUCAAAGCCACCAACAUCACUGUGACACAGCCCGAGUGCCUGUUUGAUGAGAACAAGCCUCAGGUUCAGUGCCAUUUCUUUGGAGUUAACCAAGAAGGUACAAUCCACUGGUACCUGGGCACUGAGAAUAUAACAGAGUCUGCCAAAACAGAGAGCCAGGAGGUUGAAAAUGGGCUGUUUAAUUUAACAAGUACUCUGCCAAUCCAGGCUAAGUCGGGGCCUUACAACUGUUGCCUGUGGAUACCUAGUAGUGGAAACUACCAAUCUUAUAAACUGCUGCCGGACAACAACUCUUCAUGGACAGUGACUGGGAGCAGACUGCUGUGGGUCCUCAUUUUCGUUGUACUCAAAAUAACAUAGAACUAAUAUACUCAACAGAAGGUUUUGAGGGUUUUUUGGCUACUGAUAACAGGGAUUUCUAUAUUUUUAUUACAAAACAUAAAUAGAA